AUGGCAAUAGUCAGCAAACCGACCCCCUCCCCAGAGACCUUCACCAUCGCCAUCGUCGGCGGCGGCAUCGGCGGCCUCUCCAUGGCCCUCUCCCUCAGCACGCAGAUCCCAGCUCUCUCCAAGAACAUCACCGUCUACGAGCAGGCCCCCGCGUACAAGGAAAUCGGCGCCGGCAUCGGCAUCGGCGUCAACGCCAGCCGCAUCCUCAAGCGCUACGGCGUCUACGCCGCCGCCAACGCAAUCUCGGGCGACCGCAACGGCAUCCACAGGAGCCUCCGCCGGUGGGACAAUGGCGAGGAAAUCGUCUCCGUCGGCGCCAUGGACGACGACGACUCGAGCGACGGCGUGCGCCAGCUGAGCGUCCACCGGGCCGAGUUUUUGCAGGUCCUGUACGACCACCUGCGCGCCACCUCUGACGCUCGCCUCGAGACGAACAAGCGGGCCGUCGAGAUCAUUGCUACCGACGACGAUGAUGAUUCAAAGCACGGCAAGACAACGACAAUCCGCUUCGCCGACGGCUCCAGCGCCUCGGCAGACCUCGUCAUCGCCUGCGACGGCAUCCACUCCGCCGUCCGCCGCCAGUUCAACAGCAAGGACCCGUCCGACCUACACCCGCGCUACUCGGGCCGCGUCUGCUACCGCGGCCUCCUCCCGCUGUCGGCCGUCGAGCGCGACUGGCCGUACGACUCCUAUGCCGUCUCCUGGCUCGGCCCGGACCGGCACUUCCUCGUGUUUCCCAUCUCGCGCAACAAGACGCUCAACGUCGUCGCCUUCGUCACCAAGCCCGAGGACCAGCUGGGAGACCUCCGCGAGAGCUGGUCCAGCACCGCCCCGCGCGCAGAGGUCGAGGCCGAGUUCGCCGGCUGGGAGGACACCGUGCAGAGGAUCGUGCGCGCCAUGGAGCCUAGCCCGGGCAAGUGGAAGCUCAAUGACCGCGAGCUGCUGGAUCAGUGGGUGUAUUUGGGCGGCAGGGUCGUGCUGAGCGGCGAUGCUGCUCAUGCCAUGCUUCCUCACCAGGGCUCCGGCGCCGGCCACGCCAUCGAAGACUCCUUCGUCAUGGGCCAGGCCGUCAAGGCCUUCUUCGAAAACCCAUCCCUCGGCCUCGAGACGUACAUGAAGCUCUACCAGGAGACGCGCCUCCCCCGCGCCCAAAAGGCGCAGCUGACCUCCCGCCAGGCCGGCGACGUCUACGAGAUGCAGGGGCCCGAGUUUGCCGGCCUCGUCUUUGAGCAGCGUCUGCAGGUUAUCCACGACAAGUUCAAGGACCGCAUGACGUGGGUAUGGGGGCAUGAUCUGGAGGCGGAUUUCAACGCGACGAGGACUCGGCUUGGGAUUUGA